GCAACUAGGUUUUUAAAGUCUAUAAUAUUUACUCAUAAGUCCUUGUGGGUAAACAAAUAGUGAAACAAAGUUUGAUUCUUUUGAAAACUAAAGAAUGGCUGAAUAUUUAGCCGCUAUCUUUGGUACAGAAAAGGAUAAAGUAAACUGCUCCUUUUAUUUUAAAAUAGGAGCAUGUAGGCAUGGAGAUCGUUGUUCCCGUAUCCAUAAUAAACCAACGUUUUCCCAAACGGUUUUAUUACAAAAUCUUUAUGUCAAUCCUCAAAAUUCUGCAAAAUCUGCUGAUGGCAGUCACUUGGUUGUUGCAAAUGUUUCCGAUGAAGAGAUGCAGGAGCAUUAUGAUAAUUUCUUUGAAGAUGUUUUUGUUGAAUGCGAAGACAAAUAUGGAGUUAUUGAGGAAAUGAAUGUUUGUGACAACUUAGGAGAUCAUUUAGUGGGAAAUGUUUAUAUAAAGUUCCGGCGUGAGGAGGAUGCGGAGAAGGCGGUCAGUGAUCUGAACAACCGCUGGUUUGGUGGCCGACCAGUGUAUGCUGAGCUAUCCCCGGUGACAGACUUCCGCGAGGCCUGUUGCCGCCAGUACGAGAUGGGGGAGUGCACGAGAAGUGGUUUCUGCAACUUCAUGCACUUGAAACCUAUUUCCCGAGAACUUAGGAGGUAUCUGUACUCGCGCGGCAAGAGCGGGCGUCGUUCCCGCAGCCGCUCCCGCGAGCGUCGUCGUCGUUCCCGCUCCCCAACACUGGCUAGCCGCCACCUGGCAACACUCAUCGGUAGUGGACCACACUAG